AUGUCUGUCAACUCCAUCAAGCCAAUCCUCGAGGAGGCCAGGAGCCGCUACGUCGAGCGCAAUCCCGUUUCGCGCAAACUUCACGAGGAGUCACAGGACUACAUGCCCGGAGGAAACACCAGAACCAUCCUUCAUGUUUCGCCGUUCCCAGUCACCUUCGCCUCUGGCAAGGACGCGACUUUGACCUCGGUCGACAACGUAACCUACACCGACUUCCUUGGAGAGUACAGCGCCGGUAUCUUUGGGCAUUCCAACGAGCGCAUCGCAGAGGCCGUUCGCGAUGGUCUUUCGCGUGGAUGGAACUACGGCGGUCAGACGACCAUGGAGAAGGUGUUUGCCAAACAGGUCGUCACUCGCUUCAAGCCCAGCGGUAUGGACUUGGUCCGAUUCACAAACUCCGGCACCGAGUCCAACACAGUAGCUAUCGCUGCCGCCCUCAACGUCACUGGGCGCCGUAAGAUCCUCGUCUUCAGCAGCGGAUACCACGGCGGAACCCUCAUUUUCCCGAUGGACCUGAUGAGGAACCCUGCCACACGCAAUGUCAACCUCCCCCACGACUUCGUGUUCGCCCCUUACAACAACAUCAAAGAGACCGGAGACAUCAUCAAGGCGCUGCCUCCGCAAAGUCUGGCCGCAAUUCUCGUCGAGCCUCUCCAGGGCUCCGGUGGCUGCCGUCCGGCAACAAAGGAGUUCCUGCAAUACCUGCGCCGCACCGCCGAUGCCGAGCAGUGUCUGCUCCUCGUCGACGAGGUCAUGGCAUCCAGACUCGGCCCCAACGGUUGCUCCGCUACCAUGGGCAUCAAGGCCGACAUCAUGUCACUCGGUAAGUACGUCGGAGGCGGCAUGACCUUCGGCGCCUUUGGCGGAAGACGAGACAUCAUGGAGCUUUUCGACCCCGAGAAGUCCGGCCUCCAGCACCCCGGCACCUACAACAACAACGUGGUCACCAUGUCGGCCGGCAUCGUCGCGAUGGAAAUUUAUGACGCCGCGGCGGUCGAGAGACUCAAUGCCUUUGGUGUCAACUUCAAGACAAAGCUCCAGGAGGUGCUCAUCAAGCACGGAGUCUACCCCCCGCACGCCGCAGGCGCGUCGCGGGACAUUAUCGAGAUCGAUAGUUUCAAGGAAGAGACCCUGAUCCAGGCCGACGAUGCAUCAUCAGCUCCGCACGAAAGCUUGCCAGUCAUGUUCAUCACCGGCCGCGGCAGUAUGGUCAACGUCCGAUUCAGCGGCCCGCAAGGCAAGGACUUGCAGGCCUUGUACUACUUCCACAUGCUUGAGAACAACAUUUACAUGGCUCCUCGCGGCUACACGCCGUUGAACCUCGAGCUGACGGACGAAAACGCGGCAGGCUAUUUCGUUGCGUUUGAAGCCUUCGUGACCAAGUAUCGUUCGCUCUUGGGCAUUUAG